UAUUAUUAUUAUUAUUAUUAUUAUUUAGCCUCUCUCUGUGCCGAGGAUAGGCCUGAUAUAUAAACAUGAGGUCUUCUCAAGCCUUUUCUAAAGCUGUACCUUCCCCUGGGCGGGCAUGGUCACUUUCUAAUUUCCCCCAUACAUAAUUUCAGUUGCUUUUGAAUGUUCUUGUCUUUAAUUACCAGCUUUCAAAGAAAAAAUGAAGGGAGGACAAAACAGCACUGGCCCUUUAAACCUCUGGCAUUCACCUCAUUGGGGUGGAGGUGCAGCCACAGUGGCUUCCCCGCCCCUGCCCUGCCCCCCACAGCAGAUUGGGAAGUGACAGGCAGCAACGGGGCACAGAGCCCUGCUCUUUGGAGGACAGGGUCACUUUUGCCUCCCUCACUCCCACAGACUGUGUGCAAGCUGCUCCAGGGACAUGUGCACAGCUGCCCGUCCCUAGGGAACCCUGUGCAGCUGCUCCUGCACUCAGAGCUGAAAUUGGCCACAACUGCAUCCCAGCUUCUCUGAGUAUUUGCACGACGUCAGUGGACCCAGAGCUUCAGAAUAGUUACAUCAGACAGGUGCUGUGAGUGCAGGAGGAGUCUGCUGAAGGCGCGGGCUAUGGACCUGAUCACCUCCACGGCCACCCUGCCCCUGCUCUUUGGCUGCGUGGGCGUCUUCGGCCUCCUCAAGCUGCUGCAGUGGCUGCGCACGAGGGCCUACGUCCGCGACGCCGUGGUCGUCAUCACAGGCGCCACGUCGGGCCUGGGACGAGAGUGUGCCCGAGCCUUCUCCGCGGCGGGCGCCAGGCUGGUGCUCUGUGGCCGGAACGCAGAGGCCCUGGAGGAGCUCAGCAGAGAACUGGCUGCUUCUCCUGCUGCCAAGGUGCAGACACACAAGCCUCACACGGUGACCUUCGACCUUGCUGACCCUGGGGCCAUAGUCGGGGCUGCGGCCGAGAUCCUGAGGUGCUUCGGCCACGUGGACGUGCUCAUCAACAACGCCGGCAUCAGCUACCGCGGCGCCGUCGUGGACACCAGCCUGGAUGUGGACAAGAGGGUCAUGGAGACCAACUACUUCGGUCCAGUGGCUCUAACCAAAGCGCUCCUGCCCUCCAUGAUCCGAAGGCGCCAGGGCCACAUCGUCGCCAUCAGCAGCAUCCAGGGGAGGAUCAGCAUCCCCUUCCGGUCGGCGUACGCGGCCUCCAAGCACGCGACCCAGGCCUUCUUCGACUGCCUACGCGCCGAGGUGGAGCAGCACGGCGUCGAGGUGACCGUCAUCAGCCCCGGCUACAUCCACACCCACCUGUCGCUCAACGCCCUCACUGCCGACGGCUCCAAGUACGGAGUCAUGGACGAGAGCACGGCCCAGGGCCGAAGCCCCGCGGAGGUGGCCCGAGACGUCCUGGCGGCCGUGGGGCAGAGGAAGAAGGACGUGGUCCUGGCCGGCCUGGCGCCGUCCCUGGCCGUUUACCUGCGGACUCUGGCCCCCGGGCUCUUCUUCAGCCUCAUGGCCUCGCGGGCCAGGAAGGAGCGCAAGUCCAAGCACUGCUAGUGCCCGGCGGCCCGACGGGCGGGUGGCAGCUCCUGCCCGGCCACGGCCCCUCGGGGACAGGUGUGUGGCGGGGCUGUGACCGGACUGGCCUCGGGAGGGUGGGAGGCAUGCUUCUGCCGAGCCCUGGCCGGGCCCCACCGCCGCCGAGGGAGGGAGGGAGCGCGGGCCGAGGCCAAGGCGACCCCCCCAGUGGGCUUUGGACCCUAGGACGUGAAAUAAAGGAACUGUUUGACCUCUGGA